UCAACAACCACGACUGCAGCACCUACAACCACAACUGCAGCACCUUGCAGCGCCUACAACCAGAACUGCAGGACCAGCAACCACAACUGCAGCACCAACAACCAUAUCUACAGCACCAACAACUCACCUACAACCACAACUGCAUCACCGACAACCGCAACUCAAGCACCUACAACCACAACUUCAGCACCAUCUACAGCACCAACAACUGUAGCACCUACAACCACAACUGCAGCAGCAACCACUUCAGCACAAACCACCACAACCGCAGCACCAACAACCACAACUGCAGCAUCA